AAUUCAGCUGAUCAGCACUUGGCUACGGUAGGCUGUGGUGUCAAGUAAGCAGCAGGAGUGGGUGCCUUCACACUGCCAAUUAUUUAUAUGUUCUUAAUCCCGGUGGAGAUAGGAAUGUACAUCUGAAGCAAAGGAGACAACAGACAUGAAGAGGGACGUUCAAUUUGAUUCUGUGCUGAGGAGAAGAUUAAACAGCCGUACAUAGCAGAAAGCUGAUCAAAGCCACUUCCUAAGGAUGUCUUUUCCACCACGAUGUCCACAAGACAAGUUUCUUCGUUCAUUUUAAAUUAUUUCAGCCUAUCAAUGAACCACAGUGAGAGAUAAUUUAACUCUCGGAGUUCUACAAAAAGCAUUUAAGUAAGACUCUCCAUUUUGGAUACCAAAUAUUUCCAUUGUAUGCAAAUAAAUCUUCAAAAACAAUUUGGAUUUUAAAGCCUUGGGAUCUACAACUCAUUGAGUGUAAUACGACCCGUCCAUAUUAAACAAGCAGAUCUGUAACUGAUAUUCAUCAAUUUCUUGGACCCCAGAGAAUACACAGAAAGAAUCAGAGAUGUCUACCAAGGAGCCCAUUUACCUGAAACGGGGAAGCCGCAAAGGUAAAAAGGGAAAGCUUCGGGACAUUCUGUCCUCUGACAUGAUCAGCCCACCUCUGGGUGACUUUCGGCACACCAUACAUAUCGGCAGUAGUGGAGGUGAGAAUGACAUCUUUGGAGAUAUGUCCUUCCUUCAAGGCAAAUUUCAUCUUCUUCCUGGCAAACAGGGUCACAGCUUAUCUCAGAAGUCCAGCCUGCAUACAGCACCAUUUGAAUUCACACGUACAGCCAGUGUUUGUGGCCAUCAACAACAGUCCCAACUAGAGAGCACAUCACCUCUCUUGAAAAAUGCUAUAUCUUUGCCUGUGUUUGAAGUUCAGUCUCAGACUCUGCCAUCUACCCAAGCACAAAUGCAGGCCCCCCCUCCUAAACCUCCCAGACUUCACCUGGGAAGCAGAAGUGACACUCCAGGUGAUAAAAGUGCCAAAUCUGAGCCAAACCAGCCAAUCUCUUCUCAAAGUAACAACAAUGUCGACCUUUCCACUAAAAUCCCAAGAGUAGCAGAAUCUGGUCAGACAUCCUUUUCCCCUGAAGGUGAACAAAUUGUAGUGGAGUCCCAAAAUGACCACAGAGAAGAGCACUCCUUAGAUGAGCCCUACCUGUCGCAUGCAGGCUCCCUCUUGUCACUGCACCUGGACUUAGGACCAUCAAUUCUGGACGAUGUCCUUCAGAUCAUGGACAAGCAUCAAAUGGGCAGGAUAAAUGGAGCACGUCUUCCAGAGAUAUUCACCUAAAGUUUGUGAAUGCCUGAAAGCAGAACUUAAAGAGAAAGCAAGGAAGCGUUGUUUUCCUUCCCUCUUGACUGUUUUUUUUUUUUUUUUUUUUCCAAAUUCCGGCACUAUUUUUAAAUGGAAACUAACAUUAACUGGAUUAUCUAAAAUGUUCCACUGGAGGAUUAAAAAAAUAAAACAGGGUAUGGCCCAAUUUUGCAUUUAGGAUAUGUCUGAGGGUCACGUUGUGCUAAUGUACUCUGAAAGCAUGGAGUACCUUUUCUGACUGUGUGGCUUUGUUGGUCUUGGUGAAAUUGCUUUUGUAAAGUAUUUCAUGAAGCAGGGUUAUAAACCUAUUUCUUGUGAGCUGGAAACUGUGAUCUGAUAUUGAAAACCUGCUCUUGAAUAGCUGCUGAGUAUUUCACAACCUAAAGAGAAAAGGUUAGCAAUAAACCGAAAGGCACCACUUGGCACAGGAUGUUUUGGAUGACAGUAACCUCCUGUGUAACACUGCAGUCAACCAGUUCACUCAAGGACUGGCUCUCCGUCAUAAAAGGCCUGACCUGGAUCUACUCUGUUUGUUUGUCAGUACUGUAGAUUCAUACGGAAAAGAACAUUUUGGAGAUGAGGUUAAAUCUAAAACCACCUCCUCUUCAAACUCACUUAAGCACAGAAACAGUCAAACACAAAUGAUCUGAUCUAGCACCUUCCAGUGGCCAAUACCAGUAGUGCAGAGCUAAGUGGUACGCAGUGAGGCAGUGGUGGUGUUGUGCUUUACAGUCCAGCAGCUAAGCCACCAGAUGAUGGGGUCCGCUUCGGUUUGAUUUAUAUAGCAUUUGUCCUGUCUGUCUCAGCAUAGAUAACUUUCAGAGGCACACACUGACACCGUCGGAGCCCUUGGCUUAGGUGUUCACUGUUAUUUCUCGUUGUGCUUAUUCUGGUGACAAGGGUUCAACAGAAACUCAAACUUGAUAUUAAACAUUGUGUGCAUGUGCUUAUGUAUCAGUCUUCAACCACACUGACCUUUUUGUUUUAUUAUUUUUUAUAAAGUCAGUUAUUCUGGGACUUGGUGGAAAUGUGGCAUGCACUGGUAAUGCAUAUCAAGUCUGAAUUGUCCAGUGUGAUGCCCUGCCAUGGUUAGUAGAUUAUGUCAUCCCUCUCAUGAGAAGUACAAUCAGAAUGUAACUGCGAUUCUCACCUGCUGUUUGUAUUGAACAAAUCAAAACUGCCACAGAAGACCGGGUUGAUGGGUAAUUGCAAAAGCACACUGAAUAAUGCUGAAGUCUAACAAGAAAUUUCAACUGUUUAUUUUGUAACAUGACAUGAUGUUUUUAAAACAGGAAUAAAUUUCCAAGUCAGUAAAUUAUUAUUUAAA